AUGGCGGUGUGCAUGAGUGGAGUUUUGUUUCUCUCCAGUGGACAAGCUAUUGCAGAUUAUUUGCGGGAAGAAGCUCUGCAGCGAAAUUUGCAAGACGAAUGGAAGGGCGCUACCCAGAUGGGACCGGAAUUCAGCGGCCAUACCGCUACAUGCACCUUGCCAUCUGAUUCUGCAAGGAGAAAUGGCACCGCAGCUACCAUCACUGCAUUGACACUGUCGAAAGAAAAUUUGAGCGCUACUCUGAAGUGUGCUGGCAAAAGCUACGUGGCCAUCUCCGAACAGUUGAAAACAGUCUGUUUACCGACGGUUUCGGAGCCGACGGUGGCCAAGUGCAAGGCUCAUAAGCAGGAUAGCGUCAUCACUCAGGUCGGGCUGCACGCUCUCCUGGACGGCAACGUUGUUACCUGCGCCUACGGCCAGGACAGCAACCAUGACCCCUUGAAGAUGGAGAUGACAACGGAAAAGAACACUCUAACCAUUAGUUAUGGUACCGAUGGCUCUCUUCACUCUAAGUCAUACACAAUUCACUAUUGCGACCCUCAGCAAGGGUUGCAGAAAUACGAAGAGAAGGACUAUGUGGGUAUCAUUCCUGCGUUUGUUGAGAGGUGGUGGACAAAGGUUGACGAGACAGGCUCUUCCACUUUGACAAUGCCGUAGACGGACUUUCCGGAAUCUGAACAGCAGUUCCGUUUGGAGUGCGUCCACGACACAAAGAAAUCUGAGAGAUCAAAACCUGCAGCGGAGGCUGGCAAAGCUGGAGACUCAACCAUCACUCAUACUACGUCUAAAUGCAGUGUGAUCGUUACUGUCAAGUCAGGGAGCUUUGCAUCGGCAUCUGGGCAAUUGGUGGCUACUCUGGCCAGUGCAGUCGCUUUGACAGGGCUCCUUGUCGGGUCCCUAUAGUCACUGUACUAAUAUUGUGCUGUAUUUAACAUUCAUAGGUGAUGCCUGCCCUCUGAAUUUCAGCAUCUGUGUAGUGUCUUAGGUGUGCCUCACUAUUGCGGCCUUCAUAUGUAUGACUGAAGUGACUUUCUUCCGCAAUCGAAUAACCCCUGUUAGUUUGCCUGUUGACAGCACAGUCGGGUGGAGAUCGGUACAAUUGAAUCCUUCGCUGAUCUGGAGUCACGUGCCGCAGAAAUAUGAGAGCCUAUUAACAAGCGUGCAUCUGUUUUGUGUUUUACGGCAGGGUGCGAGGGAGAAAUAACAUGCAAAUGGAAGCAAAUGGCAGCAUAACCUCUUUGCCAGACCCGGCGUUCUGAGUGUGGUGGACAAGACUGUGCAACGUUCCUUCCGGGUAUUCACAGCGUUUUGACGCGGACAAAGAUUUUGUGCCAUACUUAAAACUCUGAACAGUGC